AUGCAGGUCGGCGUCUGUGGAAACUGUUCUCGCGUUGUAACUACACAGUCUGAGACAGUCUCCAUGGCGAGUCGUGCGUGUGUCGCCUUGGAACUGCAAUGGUGUGAGCUGAACGAAACGCCAAACAUCAUGCACUGUCUUUAUGAGCUUUGUGUAGAAUCUCUGAAGGACACUCCACAAGCGGCAUGGUUCUGUUCGCUAAUUCCGGAUACUCCUGUGAUGGCCUAUCAAUAUUUAAACAUUCAAGAGACGAAACGACAAAAAACAUGGAAACCGUAUCACGACAAAUUUUUGGACGAGAUACGUCAUGACGAAUUAUAA